AACAUAAACAACUUUACAGUGUGUUUUACUCGGAUAGUUCACAGACUAAAUUACUAUAUCAAAGCAGUGCUAACUUGUUGUCUCGAUUGUCACUCAUACCUGUUUGGCGCAUCCCUUGUUACGAACACCCGACCUUUCCUUUACCAUCUUCCUGAUCAACAAAUCAUCGUUCUGCGGCUCUGAUUUUUAUUGAUUCAAAACAUACAGACGUCGUCAAAAAUUCUUUGAAGUCCCAUCCACAAAAACAUUUGUCGACACAGACAACCUCCGUUUAACUUCGUUUGUUGGCUAAUUUUAUACCCCUGUAUUAUAGAUCAUUAUGCCUUUUAAAAUCUCGGGCUUCUUGGCUGACCCCUUUGCCAUAUCUACCCUCAGUUUUGGCGUCAUAACCUGGAUCGUGGCCAUAGCCGGUGCUGCCAGUAGCGAUCAAAGCAAGUUCCCCAGAUUCACAUGGUGGGGUUUGGUAUAUCAAAUUCUUCUUAUCAUUGCCAUAUUGUUUUUGUAUUUAUUCAAUAUCAUUGAAUUGUACAAGUUCACAUUGGUGGGUUUAUUGUCGAUUGCGUUUGUGUACACGUCAAACUCCACCAACAACUUGAUCUACAACUCCACUUCUAGUGCUAACUUGUGUUGUGCCGCUGGUUGCAUGUUGUUGGCGAUGUUGAAUUUGACCCUCAUCAUAUACUUUGGAGGUCACCCAGAAAGUCCCACCAACCAAUUCAUCGACUCGUUCUCAUUGAAGCCUUCGCAUCACAACCAUUUGGAUGACAAGAACUUCAACGCCCAUAACUUGGACGAUGACAAUGAGGAAGAAUUCAAGAGAUACGCAAAUCCAUCCCAAGAUGCUGGUCACUUCCAAGACAAUAACUUGAGACAAAGUCAGUUGACCACGAAUAACAAGUCUUCCAAUACUCCAUACAUGUCAUCAUCUCAGUUGAAUGGAUUGGAAAACUUUUCGUCUUCUGACAUAAACAACAGAGACUUAACCAGCAACCAGAAACGGUCGACCAUUUACAACAAUGAACAGGCUGACAGCCAGCCGGUGAUGAACUUCCGGUACAAGGCCAAGGCCUUAUAUAGCUACGAUGCCAACCCCGAUGACAUCAACGAAAUCUCUUUUGUUAAGGAUGAGAUUUUGGAAGUUGAUGACAUUGACGGUAAAUGGUGGCAGGCCAAGAAGGCUAAUGGCCAAAUCGGCAUAUGUCCUUCCAACUACGUUAAGUUAUUGGAUUGAAGUUGUAUAGUAUGAAUUUAUAGUAAUGGAACAUUAGAGAUAUUGACCGAGACUCCGGCUGCAUUUAGAAUUUUUCCGAAGGGUAAUUGUAUGCGACCAAAGUGCGGUAGGCGUAAUACCGGAUCUGUUGACGGAAUUGGUAGCAUACAUCCGAGUCACCAACUACCAUCGACAAGGUACUGACUCAGAUCAUAGUAGAAAAUUGAUGCACCUUCGCAGUGGUGUCUAUGACUCCACUUUGUGCCCCUCGCGAUGAGGGUGAUGGACGCAACUCUGAAUUGAGCGUAUGCCAAUAACGGCCUUGCAGCCCUUUUAUCGAU